UCUUAGCAGACAUACAGAUGUCUCCACUUAUCCUGUCUAUUUCUGUAGCAGCUAACAAAAAUACCAUAAUCGUGCUGUCACUCUAAGAACAGAGGAACUUCUUAAAGGAAUAUUUUUUUUUUUUAUCUUGGUGGACAAGUAGGCAAUUUAGAAAAUACUUUGGAGCUGAAAAACAACUAACUGGAAAUGGUAGAUCUCAGACUUUAAAAAGAAAUUGGACAAGCUUUUGCAAUACUAAGAUUUUCAAUCAGAGGGAAUUGCAAGUAGUUAAACCUAAAACUUUGGGAAAGCUGAACUGUUGUUGUUAGGCUGUUUAUUUUUAUGUUUGUUUUUUUUAAGUGGGAGGGGUGUUUUAUUAUUUUAAGACUUUAUCUGUGACUACCCUCCAAUGUCAGCUUCAAUAAUUGAACUGGAAAAUCUUUCUCCAGAAGAGAUCAAGGAUCAAAAUGAUUCAAAAUUUGACUUUAGGCAACAUAAUUUCAAAGAACUACCUGCUGAUCACUGCAGUCUUGAACUAUAUUGUUCACUUUCUGCACCUGCCGGUAUGAACACAAGCAAGAGUGAGACAGUGAAAGAACCUCCAUUAAAGCCUUCUAGAAGAUCCAUGCCAUGUUUAGCACAGAGCCAAACACAUCCUCAGAGCCUGAGCAAGCAUUCUUCGUUUCUUCAGCCAAAUCGCGUACAACCCCAGCCUCAACCCCAGCCUCUAAGUGCAGGGACAUCAACAGCUGUGGUCAAUGUAGUGUCAGAACGAGCUAAAGUGGUGGAGACCCUAGAAAACAAUUUACUCAAGCUGUCUAAUACAGAAUACAGUGAUUCAUUUGUAGAUAUAGGAAAAGACAAAGACACAUAUACAGAUGAUUCAGAGCAUGGGAAUUAUGAUUCUCGUACAGAUCAGUCACUACUUAUUCAAAACAAGCUUAUCAGACAGAAACCAGAACCUCGGAUUAAGUCAUCUUUGAAGAAUGAAAUGAAUGCCAUAGCAUCAUCAGGUCUCUUCUUCAAAGAUGGUAAAAAGCGAAUUGAUUACAUCUUAGUCUAUAAAAAAUCAAGUCUACAAAUUGAAAAAAGGAGCACUUUUGAGAAAAACCUGAGGGCAGAAGGUUUAAUGUUAGAAAGAGAGCCAGCUGUUACAAACAACGAUAUAAUGUUUGUUAAAAUUCACUGUCCAUGGGAGACAUUGUGUAAAUAUGCGGAAAGAAUGAACAUCAGGAUGCCUUUCAGGAAAAAAUGUUAUUACACUGACUGGAGGAGCAAAACGAUGGGCAGUUUGCAGAGGAACAUGAGGGAACUGAAAAGCUGGUUGCCCAGAAAUCCAAUGAAGCUGGACAAGGAGGCACUUCCUGACCUGGAAGAGACAGAUUGUUACACAGCACCAUUUAGCCGUGCACGUAUACACCACUUUACAAUCAACAACAAAGACAGCUUCUUCAGCAAUUCCACAAGGAGUAGAAUAGUGCACCACAUGCUACAGAGAACAAAGUAUGAAGAUGGAAAGUCAAAAAUGGGUAUCAAUAGGCUUCUCAAUAAUGGAACUUAUGAGGCUGCAUUUCCACCACAUGAGGGAAGUCACAAGAGCAGACAUCCCAUUAAAACACAUGGAGCUCAAAAUCAUAGACACCUAUUAUAUGAGCGCUGGGCACGAUGGGGAAUGUGGUACAAAUAUCAACCUCUGGAUUUAAUCAGGCGAUAUUUUGGGGAAAAAAUUGGCCUUUAUUUUGCUUGGUUGGGAUGGUAUACUGGAAUGCUCAUUCCUGCUGCACUUGUCGGGCUGUUUGUUUUCCUUUAUGGAUUAUUUACUAUGGACUCCAGCCAAGUAAGCAGAGAGAUCUGUGAAGCAAAUGAAACCAUCAUGUGCCCUAUGUGUGAACGCAAUUGCACCCUGCAGAAACUCAAUGAAAGCUGCAUAUAUGCAAAGGUUACGCAUUUGUUUGAUAAUGGAGGGACUGUCUUCUUUGCUAUUUUUAUGGCAAUAUGGGCUACCGUCUUUCUAGAGUUUUGGAAGAGAAGAAGAGCUGUGCUAACUUAUGACUGGGACCUCAUAGACUGGGAAGAUGAAGAGGAAGAGCUGCGCCCACAGUUUGAAGCAAAAUAUUCCGAAGUGGAGCGAGUAAAUCCCAUCACAGGAAAACCAGAACCUUUCCAACCAUUCCCUGAUAAACUUAGUCGACUGAUGGUGUCUGUCUCAGGAAUAUUCUUCAUGAUUUCUUUGGUACUCACUGCAGUGUUCGCAGUUGUGGUGUAUCGACUGGUAGCUAUGGAACAGUUUGCAUCUUUCCAGUGGCAUUUCAUCAAAAAGUACUGGCAAUUUGCAACAUCUGGCACUGGAGUCUGUAUCAAUUUUAUGAUCAUCAUGUCACUUAAUGUUGUAUAUGAAAAAGUCGCUUAUCUUCUAACAGAUUUAGAGCAUCCUAGAACAGAUUCUGAAUGGGAAAACAGUUUUGCCUUGAAAAUGUUCCUCUUCCAGUUUGUCAAUUUAAACAGCUCUAUCUUCUAUAUUGCUUUUUUCCUUGGCAGAUUUGCAGGCCGUCCAGGAAAGUACAACAAACUUUUUAACAGAUGGAGACUGGAAGAGUGUCAUCCUAGUGGCUGCUUGAUUGACCUGUGUUUGCAAAUGGGAGUUAUCAUGGUUUUAAAACAAAUGUGGAACAACUUCAUGGAACUAGGCUACCCGUUACUACAGAACUGGUGGUCACGACGCAAGAUCAAGAGAGGAGGGCAAUUGCUGGAGCAUAAAAUUUCUCUACCUCAGUGGGAGAAAGAUUGGAAUCUGCAGCCUAUGAAUCUCCAUGGAUUAAUGGAUGAGUACUUAGAGAUGGUUUUACAGUUUGGCUUUACCACCAUCUUUGUUGCUGCUUUUCCCCUGGCCCCUCUUCUGGCACUGCUUAACAACAUUAUAGAAAUAAGGCUUGAUGCAUACAAAUUUGUUACACAAUGGAGGAGACCUAUGCCUGCAAGAGCAACAGAUAUAGGCAUUUGGUAUGGAAUCCUUGAAGGAAUUGGAGUGCUGGCUGUCAUCACCAAUGCCUUUGUCAUUGCUAUUACUUCUGAUUAUAUUCCACGUUUUGUCUAUGCAUACAAGUAUGGCCCUUGUGCAGACCAAGGAUACACACAGGAAAAAUGUUUAAAGGGAUAUGUAAAUAGUAGUUUAUCGGUAUUUGAUUUGAAUGAACUUGAAAUGGGAUACUCAGGAUAUUGCAGGUAUCGGGAUUACCGAGCACCACCAUGGAGUUCAAACCCUUAUGAAUUCACCUUGCAGUUCUGGCAUGUCCUUGCUGCACGACUGGCUUUCAUCAUAGUAUUUGAGCACCUUGUUUUUGGAAUAAAGUCUUUCAUUGCCUACCUGAUCCCAGACAUGCCCAAAGACUUGUGUGACAGAAUGAGAAGAGAGAAGUACUUAGUCCAGGAAAUGAUGUAUGAGGCUGAAUUAGAGCAUUUGCAAAGGGAAAGGAAAAAGAACGGAAAACAGUAUCACCAUGAAUGGCCUUAGCUGAUACCAUGCAGCAGCAAAAACAUUAUAUGGAAACUGACUAAUGCAGGUCUAAAAUGAAGAAAGGAUCUGGCAAUAAGGGCCAAAAUUCAUAAUGUGUACAUAUGCUGCUGCUGGGAAAUAUAUCUGCAGGCUUUACUAGCAACUGGAAAAUACAUGCUUCCAAUGAAGAAAAUGGAUAGUCAUAUGCAUCAAUUGGUCUAUGGUCAAUAUCAGGUCUAUGCAUCAAUUGGUCUAUGGUCAAUAUCAAGGAGUUGCUAUUGGCUCAAGUGAAAGUACAAUGGAAGAUUGAGCAUUUUGGACACACCAGUAAAAAAAAGUUACAAUUAUAUUUUUCAUGCUAUUAAUCAAGAUAUCCACUAUGUAAUGAAAAUAGUCAUUGUCUAUAAAACUUUUACAGUAACAGCAUGAUGAAAAAAGAAAUUACAUUAUAUCCACUACUUCUACAGCUUUUGAUUGCUAGGUUUAAUUUGCCAUGCUUCUGAAAAAGGAGUAAGUGUCGCCUAUGUGGCCAUAACUUGAUAUAAACUUGAUAGAAAUCCUUCAGGCUUAUUGUUUUGUCAGGUUUGUCCUAGUCUCUUGCUGAGAUUGUGGAUGUGUUCCUGCCCUAAAAAGGUGGGUAUGAGGCUACUUAAUAUUUACUAUGCAGUCCAAGUUUUGCACAUCAUUUUGCAGGAAUCAUCUGUCUUUAUAAAUAAAACCAAAAAUUCUAAAUUCAAAAAAUAACCCAUUCAUUGAAAAAUGCACUGCAUUGCCCAUGUUUCAGCUUCAUUUGGAAAUAAAUGUGGCUAUUUGAAGUCUUUCCAUGUUGAUAUGCAAAAAAGUACCAUCUCUGCAUACUUCCAAAAUAAAUGAGCGAUCAUUUUCAUGCUAUAAUGUAGCAUGCAGAUAUAUAAUUGUGUCACUAUUACUUUCUGUUUGAUCUACCUGGACAGUAAUUCUAUGACUUCUCAAAAUGUUGACUUGAAAUGUCCUAUUGCAGUGGAAAUAUAUUUUUUUCAAGUAUACACUUAACUAUUUACAGUAUGCAAACUUAUGCAGAUAUAUCAGUUAUUCAGUAUAACGUUGUGUCUUGCUUGUCCAGGGGAAGAGAAACAGAGCACUUUAUAACAGUGCUGUCUCUGCUCUAGUAAUGUGCACUCCUUAUCUUGGGCUUAAUAAAUCCAAGCAUGGAAAUAAGAUAUCUAUAUAUUACUGUUAGAAUUAGAUCUUUUUGAUGCUUUCUUAAGAUUAAAAAAAUUGCAAAACCAACAAAGAGAAAAAAAAAUAAAUGUUCGCAUACAGAAUUGAACUCCAGUUCUCACUUGCAUAUGGGAUAGAGCAGUCUUACUUAUGGUUAUAAUUAGGGUUAUUUUAAUGUGGAAGAUGGUGUUUUAUUAUGAACAUUUCAUAAUAUGUGAAAAAAGAAGCACUAAACUAAAACAAGUGUGCAGGAUGCACUUGUGAGAGAGUGGACGGGACCAAAACCAUCCAGUUUCCUUUUUUUACAGUUUUAAAGCAUGGUUAUUAUUUAUGUCAGAGGAAAAGAAUUAAAAAUCAAAGAAAAUUUGCUUCAAUUUUAAGAUUCAUGCUAAUAUGCAAGAAAGCACAGUAACUAUAGCAAAUACAAGCUCUACCAUUAACCUUAAGGAUAAAGCUGCAAAUUGCUCAUUAAGUGCAGACGUGAAGAGUUGAAAUUUUCUUUCUUAGAAUAUCUUAUUUAGCUUGAGUGAAUGAUUCCAGAAUUUGUUUGCACAAAUUAAAAUUUCAUCUUAUGUUAUUUCAAGUAUCACUGAAAGAGGGAAAAUGUGUAUUGGAAAAUUAUUUUAAUAGUCCAAAGUCCAUUGAAAUUGUUGAAAGGGCCCUUUUUGUUUUUAGUGGGUGCACGUUGUGUUCUCUGUUAAUGAGAAAUUACCACUUUUUUUACCACAUUGUAUGGGUUUCCAUAACAGUGCAUGGCAGGGUAGAGUGGAGGGGACAGGUCUAAUAAAAAUUUAUUAGCCAAUAGUUCUAUUUUACUAGGCCCAUUCAACUCAGACUCUCCUGUGCUUCCAUUUAAGUGGAAGGAUUUCAUUGUGUUCUGUUUACACUGUUUUCUCAAUCCCAUAGCAUUCCUAAAAGAAAUCCUUACUGCGCUUCUGUCCAGUGCUUAAGAUAUCUGUAUUAUAUGAUUUAAUGUAUUAAAUAUCCAUUUUGUAUUGUAGGGUAGAGCAUCCCUAGCCCCAUUUAGUUUCAACUAUUAACUAGUAUGAAGUCAUUUUGUGCACUAUUUGUAAAAUAUAACUCUAUUCUUAAGGUCACAGAUAAGUUCACUUUUAAUGGCCCAUGUAAAUGCCCUGGCUGGAUCAAGGCAGAAAGAUUUGGCAUAAAUUUAGCCAAAAUUAGAAAUAAUGAUUAAUAUUUUCUUCAGUUUUCUUCAGUUUGUUGUUGAUAUGAGCACAUAUCGAUUUGCAGCUAGAAAAAUUAUGAUUGGGCAUGGCAGAUAAAUAUUGUCUUAGAUUUGAAGAUAUAUAUGAACCUUCUGUGAUAUCUUUAAACCUGGAAAUAACAAGUACAGCAAAGAGGGUUAUAUAGAUCUGCAUUUGAUUAAUUUUAUGCACUGGGAAAGCACAAGCAUGCCCACUAUAUUGUGUGCCUCUCUGUUCUUUCCUCUCUGUAAUAUAUCUAAAAUGUCUCAUGGCUUUGCCAGUAUAUAGCCAUUUGCUUUAGCUAAGAAUAACUUUCUGCUAGUUUUCAUUUAGCAUGGUGUUUGUAUUGAACACAGAUUAUCUUACAAAGAUAUAUGGCACACUCUGUCCUCAGGAAUUAGCUAUUUCAUGAAUGUUGGUUGUCUAUAUUUUCAUAUUCUAAAUAUUUGUCUUUCCAAACAGACAAACAGUCUAAAUGGGUUGUGCAUGAAAGCUGUAUUUGUGAAUUCUUCAAAGCUGCAGAGCUUCAGAAGGUAGCAUCUGUGCAAAAGUGCUUUAGAUCAUUGCUGAUCUUGUCUGUAACAGCUUUGGUCUAUGCAUGCACCUUUAGAGAGGCUGCAUGGGCAGAUAUACCGCUUUUUUAAAUACUACAAAUAAUUACCAGUCCAAAAUGUCUUAAUUAUUGUUCUCUGAACACCAGUGUCUUGAUAUAUUCAAAAGGAUUUUUCAUUCCAGAAAUAAAAAAAAUGCAUCUACUAUUUACCAUUCUUAUUUUACUGCAUUUUUAAAUUUGUGCCUAAUGUGUGAGGUCAGAAUUUGGUGAUUUGAAAAAGAAAAACAAUUAUUUUUACAGAGCUCAAUUCAAGAGUCCUGUUGUAUCAGCCUCAAAAUUACAUAGUUCCUUCUUCUGCUGAAAAAGAAUGAAUCACUAUAGGGAAUGACCUAUGCAGACCGCUGUAUAGGGAGUGACAGUCCACUGUGGCCUAUCAAAUUGACUUUAGACUGUGAAUGUCCAUCAAAAGGCUGAUAUGGUGACUGCUAUAUUUAGGCAUUCUGUGAAAGUGCUCAGAUUAGCAAACAGGGCACACAUGUAAUAUGCAUCUCUUGAUCUCCCUCCCUCACCCCCAUUUCCACACCCAAAUAUCAUUCAAGACUUGGAACAAAUUUUGCAAGUGAUCUUAAGGCUAAAGUUUCCAUGAAGAUAAUGAACUGUAAUAGCGUUUCCUUAGAAAUAUAGUGUUUUGUUAUUAUAUAAAAGAACCCAAGUAACGUGCAUUUCAAAAGAUGGAUCCCUAAAGGCUUCUUCUAAGGAAUGCUCUGUAGAAAGAAAAUUAGCUUGGGUACCAUGGUGUUACAGCUACUGUUGGUUUUUCCAUUUGUAUUUGUAAUAUUUUGCUCUUACUUGCUGGUUCAUCCUAAGUAACCAAAAUAAUGUAAGUAAUUACAAGUAGUCUGCUUUGGGGGAUUAUCACAUUUUGACUUGUUCCACUGUAAACUACAAAAGUUUGUAUUAACUGAGAGAAUUUAUAGGGUAAUCUUCAAUAUGGAAUACAUUGUCAUUGAUCUAUUCUCGUUUAUAUUAUUUUAUGAAAUUAGUUCUUCUUUUAAAUUAUGUCAUAAUCUAGUUCAUUCAAUGGCACAUAUACAUUAACAGUUCUUUCUUAUUUUUCAGUUGAAAUGUCUCUUAAGAAAAGAAAAGACAAUAUUAUAUGGCUACUCUGAUGUAGAUAAUUUCAGUUUAGCUUCAGUUUAGUUACUAAACCAUUGUAAACUAGCUCUCUGAAAUGUGGUGGGCUACAGCUUUAUAAAACUACAUUUAACAUAAAUAACUAAAUUAGAAACCUAAUGAUAAGACUAAAUGGAUUCUGUAUUAAAUCUCAUAUAAGUAGGGACCUAUCGAAAUCAUGAUUUCAUGGAUUUUGCUCUAAAUACCAAAUCCAGUAUUGCCUGCAAAAGCAGACAAUGUCCACAAAAUCCACAAAAAAAAAUUUACUGGCUCCCCAGAGGGGUGCGUGAUGGGCAGCCUUUGCAAUCAAUCAGUAUGGAGGGGCAGGGCCACGGGGGGCCCUCGGCCAAUCAGAGGCAUGGAGGGGGGUCGUCAGCCACAGUAGGCCCUCAAAAAUGGCAGCCAGCCCUGAAAUCUGCCUGAGAAAUCAGACGGCUGCCUCCUCAAGUUGACUCCUACAAAGAUACAAAUAGAUGAAAGUACAGCCUAGUUUGGUUUAUAGAAUCACCUAAAAUUCCAAAUAAAACAGUAUAAUAUGCCAAAGGAAAUCUUUCCUUUUGGUAAAAUUAUCACAUGAGACAGAGAAGAUUGUUCAGGACAAAGAUCUGAAAUUUUUACAGUCCCCAUAUCUUAAUAAUGUUUACAUAAUUUACUUCUGAGACUAAAAAUUACAGGGAGUUUUGUAUCAAAGCAGGCUAUUGUACUUGGAGAAAUCCAAUACUUUUGUCUGUCACAUCAUAUAACGUGGCUAGUUUAGCUAGAAAUAUCCUGUAAAAGGUUACACUUUCAAAACCACAUAAAAAAACUUAGGGACCUAAGCCCCAUUUAAAGUCACUUAAGCAGUUUAAAAACACCUUUGAUUCUUCCCAUACUCUACCUAUGUAGUUAAAUAUUUUACAGUGUUGGAAACUAACAAUCCAAAGCUGUAGGAAUUCACUUACCAAGCAAUAUGGAUCUCCCACUGGCCUGAGUGUGUGUUGGUUUGGACUCUAUAUCAGGGAUGGGGAAAAUGCAGCUCGGGGGCCAGAUGCAGCCCGCCAGGCCAUUCUAUCCGGCCUGCGGGGCCUCUAAAAAAUUUAGAAAAUUAAUAUUUAUCUGCCCUAGCUGCCUACCAUGCAGCCCUCGAUGGCUUGCCAAAACUCAGUAAGUGGCCCUCCGGCCAAAAUAAUUGCCCGCCCCUGCUCUAUAUCAUGCUAUGGGCAAAUGUCUAGUGUGAGCAAUGUCCUCAGCCUCAUCUGGAUGGCUUGAGGACAUUGGUAAGAUAUAGUAUCUUUCAUCAUCAGGUAACUAAGCAGAUCCAACAUAGGUGUUAUCCAAUGAAGCCUUCUCAGUAACUUUUGUGAGUCAAGUCCACUCCCCAGAAAAAUGACUUAUCACAAAGGUGUGAGACAGUGCUGUGCCAUGGAUACCCUGUCCUAGCUCUGGAACUGGAAGCAGCUGAGGGAAUUAAAUCAGAUCCAGUGCAUGAAGGAAACACCAGGAGUGGCAUUCAAGUGUGGACCUACUGGUAAUGGUCCAGAGCUAGCUUGUGCAGAACUAGUGUUCUUUUUCUUUGUUUUUGUCCUGUAAAGUAGUAUCCAAAAGGAGGAGGGAAAAAUGUCCACCAGAAAAGGUUCCCUUGUUAUCAUUCACAUCAGAGAAGCCAUAGUAGUGAAAAAGCAAAAUUACUGAAUUGUCUCAUGUUCUUCCAUGUCAGGAUGCACUUUGAAGGAGUAGUGUAGGGAAGCAUGCACUGCUGCUAGCUGCACUGUUAGGUAUUAGUCUCUAGAAUUGCCCAUGCAGUGCUAAAUUUUCUCUCACUCACAUGCAGUUUAAUCACUCUUAAACUACUGUAUUUGCAGGGAUCUUUGCCCUUCUUUAUAAUUGUAACAUAAAACUCAACAUUAUUGGCCUCAUUUUGAAAUGAUCAUGGUGAUUUUGAUUUAUGCUGAAAAAUUCAUCCUAUUGACAUUGUAAAUUUAUUUCCUAGCAAUUUCUAUUGGCAUGGUUUGGCAUUACCUUGGCAUGACAGCACAACUUGGCAAUGACAGCACAACUUCAUCAUGAUAGCACAACAGUGGAAUGUAUAGGAAUCAUUUUGCUGUUUCCUAUUAUAGAGGUAAUUUUUUAAUGCAGCAUGGUAAUUUAGCUAUGAAAUGUUAAGUAUUCAUAUAACUGAAGCUGUCUGCACUGCAUUGAAAAAUGUACCUUAUAAUAUCGCCAUUGGCUUGCAGUAACUUUUUGUCAUAGCCUUUGUAUGGUAAUAUUUACAUCAUUGUUUUUCAUUGAUAUUGCCAUGAAUUUAUGAAGAUGCCAAUUGAUAAGAAAUUGGCAUUGAACCCAAUGCAGUCUAAAGAAGAGAAAAAAUUAACUUCUGAGAAUGUGAUAAUUGCUCUUUUAAUAAAUGGGGAGAAAAGAAAAAAAAAUCAAUUUUUUAAAUUUUGUGUUCAACUUAGAUUACUCUGAAUUUUGUAUUUGUACAAUCUGCCAAACUGUUUAUUCUGAUUUCUACCUAGGUUAGUAUCACUGAAAUUUCAGUUGUUUGAAGAGAAUCUUGUGUAGAAAAUAAAAUCUUAGUAAAUAACAUAGUUACCAGUAAAUCAUUUUUACUCUAAUAGUCCUGGCUGACUUGCAAUAUCACGAUAAAAGAUUUCUAAAUAAAUAUGUGUAUAUAUUUGAAAUUUAUGUAAUAUUUAAAUACAACUUGCUUUCUAAGUAAAGAAUUAGAAUAAAAUGUCCUCUAUUUUUUCUAUUUACAAGUCCAAACUUUGUAAGUACUAUUUAAAAUAAAAUUGCAAUAAUUACCACAAAAUGUUUUUAAAAAAUUGACUUUCAAGUACUACAUGCUAAAAUUCCCCCUGGUCUGUGAAUUAUUCAUUUUCUUUUUAGGUUUCAGAUAAGUUUUUAUGACCCAAUUAAUACCCUUAAAUUUAAACAGUUUGCACAGAAAAAUGUUUAUUUGACAUAUAAAGACAAAGGCUUUUUUUUUUUUUUCCUGGAAAGUGGCUGAUCUCAUUAACUGUUGUAAGACACUUUUGGCAUAAAUUUGUCCUUGAGAUGCUGUUUACUUUAUUAAGGUUUACAUGUACAAAUGCAACUACUUAUUGUAUCAUACACAUUUUAAUAUUGCAUUUUUUCAGUAAUAAACUUGGAUAUCUUUAAA